UUGGGUAAGCCGCCUGGAGCAGUGCUAAAUGUAAACCAGUGCACUUAGCACUCAUCGAGGAACAUUUUGUGCUUCUGAAACAGGAAUUGGAAACCGUGAUGCUUUAGCCCAUGUGCUGUUCUUCUACACAGAGCGUUUCAUCCGCUUAUUGCAAUCCAGCGAAGUGAAACAGAACAGCAGCUCAUUAUGCUGGACGUGAGUUAGCUUGUUAGCCAAACUAAACCAGUUUACGAAAGCGACUCAGCUGUUUGGAUCUGGGGCAUUUUUUAAAUUAUUAUUAUUAUUAUUAAUAUUAUUUAAUAAGCCUUUACUUUGCUGUGGAUUGACGUUAUUAUACAAACCCGGACGUGAGCUGUGGUGAGCUCUAAAUAUGGAUCCGUUUGAUAAUGACAGAUCUACGCUUCCUCGGAACAUGAUAGAAAACAGCAUGUUUGAGGAGGAACCUGACGUUGUGGAUCUAGCGAAGGACUCGCCAUCCUACCCCAUCGAUUCGGAUGACGUUGUUUAUGAGCCACGCAGCUCCAGGCUGCUGGUACGUGGCCUUGGUGAGAAUGAGCUGGAAGAAGAUGAGGAGGACUACGAGUCUUCAGCUAGACUCCUGGGCAUGUCCUUCAUGAACCGCAGUUCCAGCAGCCAGCGCAGUGCCGCAGCCUCCUACAGCCGGCAGCAUGCAUCCGGGUUAUGCUCGAUGCCGUCUGUGAAGACCAUGGUGGUGGGAGUCUUACUCCUGGUCUUCAUUGCCUCACUGGUCAUGGUCAUCUACUUCAUACCUAAAUGCACUUUUUCCAAAGAAGGCUGCCACAAGGCCAGCACUCCCAUGGAAGUCAUUUAUCCAAUUUCCAAAAGUGGUGACCUCUUCCCGUGGACAGCCCUGAGGCUUCCAAACAGUGUGCAUCCUAUUGACUAUGAGAUCUCACUCCAUCCCAACCUGAGCACCAUGAGUUUCACUGGGAGUGUAGCCAUCACUGUGGAGGUUCUUCAAGAGACCAAGAACGUGGUUUUGCACAGCUCUGGCUUAAAAAUACAGAAUGUCACUUUCCAAGGCAAAGAGGUGAAGCUCUUGGAGUAUGAGCCUUGGCAGCAGAUUGCUAUCAAGUUCUCAGAGGAACUUAAAAAGGGACAAAAGUAUGUGCUAAAUAUGAAUUAUUCAGCAAAACUCUCCAGCAGCUUUGAUGGCUUUUAUAACAGCUCUUACACUGACACGAAUGGAUAUAGAAGAGUUUUGGCUGCUACUCAGUUUGAGCCCCUGGCUGCCCGUAAAGCUUUUCCCUGUUUUGAUGAACCUGCUUUUAAGGCCACAUUUCUAAUUAAGAUAAAGAGAGAAGUGGAGUACAUCAGCCUUUCUAACAUGCCUUUGGCCAAAACGAACGUGCUGCCAGAUGGGCUUUUCGAGGAUGUGUUUCAGAAGACUGUCGGUAUGAGCACCUACCUGGUUGCAUUUAUUGUGGCCAACUUCACCAGUGUCAGUAGAAAUGUCUCUAACACUCGGGUCUCUGUAUACACGGUUCCAGAUAAAAAAGACCAAGUUGAUUUUGCUCUGGAUACAGCCACCAAACUGCUGCAGUUCUACAAUAGUUUCUUUGAAAUCGAGUAUCCAUUGCACAAAUUAGACUUGGUGGGCAUUCCAGACUUCAUGGCUGGAGCAAUGGAGAACUGGGGUCUCAUCACAUUUCGAGAGACGAUGCUGCUCGUGGGUAAUCAUUCCUCCCCCAUGGAUAAACAACUAGUGUCCUCCGUCAUUGCCCAUGAGCUUGCACAUCAGUGGUUCGGGAACCUGGUCACCAUGCGCUGGUGGAAUGAUCUCUGGCUGAACGAAGGAUUUGCAACAUACAUGCAGUAUUUGUCCAUUGAGAAAGUCUUCCCCAAUCUUGACAUUGACAACGAUUUCCUGGAUGUACGCUUCAGAGCCCUGGAAAAAGACGCAAUGAAUUCGUCCCAUCCUGUAUCUGCUAAAGUAACUGCUCCAGAGGAAGUGGAAGAGAUGUUUGACUCCGUGUCCUACGAGAAGGGCGCCUCUCUUUUACUCAUGCUCAAUACAAUACUCGGCGAAGGAGUUUUCAAGAAAGGAGUGAUUGGGUAUCUGAAAAAGUAUAAUGGCAGCAACACUGAGAAGGAAGAUCUGUGGAACAGCCUUUCACAGAUCACAAAACCGUCCAUAGACGUGGCAGAGAUGAUGAACACCUGGAUUGUACAGAAAGGUUUUCCUCUGAUCACCGUGAACUGGACAGGCAACCAAGUGAAAGUAACACAAGAGCGUUUCCUCCUAAAUGCUGCCAACAUCACAGAUCACGGCGACUUGUGGCACAUCCCACUGACGUACAUCAAUAACACUUGUACCAGCUCCAUCUCCUGCAAGCAAAGAUUUUAUUUGAAGGAAAAAACGGCCACCUUUACCCUUCCAGGCAAUGUGAAGUGGCUGAAGUUUAACUACCAGAGUGAGGGCUUCUAUGUAGUAGACUACAGAGGUGAAGGCUGGAGUGCACUCAUCACAGCCUUGAAGGAAAACGUCAAUGUUCUUCCACCGGAGGACCGAGCGUCUCUCAUUAAUAAUGUCUUUGCUCUGUCAAGAUUAGGAAAGGUGUCCUUCAGACAAGUGCUAACCCUCCUGGAGUAUCUAAAGAACGAAACAGAAACGGCGCCGGUGACUGAAGCCCUGACGCAGCUUGUCUCCAUCUACAGGCUGCUCGAGAAAAGGUCCGAUUUAAAUCUAGUGGCCAGGAUGAAGACAUAUAUUUUUGAUCAUUUUGGCAAUCUGAUGGACAACCAAUCAUGGGGAGAGGAGAGCUCUGUGUCGAAAGUGAGUCUGAGGUCGGUCCUGCUGGAGACUGCCUGCGCCCUCAGCAGACCAACAUGCACCAAUAAGGCCAAAGACCUCUUUGCUCAGUGGAUAUCCUUAAAUAAAACGGUUCCUGGAGACCUCCUGAGAGCAGUUUUGUCUGUGGCAGCCCAAAACGAUGAAGAGUGGAACUUAUUAUAUGAUUCGUAUAUUCACUCCAUCUACGACUCGGAAAAACGCAAAACACUGGAGGCUUUGUGUAGCACUCAGGAUAUGCGCAAAAUCUCAUGGAUCUUAAAAGCAGGUCUUACAGGAAGUCCAAUCCAGACUCCUGAACUUCCUCUGGUGAUUAGCAGAGUAAGCAGACAUUUUGCAGGUUACCUGUACGCUUGGGAUUUUGUGAAGGAGAACUGGCAUAAACUCACAGAAAUAUUUCCUAUUGGCAGUUUCCCGUUGCAAAACAUAAUCAUGUCUACAACCAGCCAUUUCUCUACAAAGAUGCACCUUGAGGAGGUUCAAAGGUUUUUCAGCUCUUUAAAGGAGAGAGGAUCUCAGAUGAGGAGCGUUCAGGAGGCCGUGGAGAACAUUCAGCGGAACAUCUUCUGGAUGGAGAAGAACCUGGGCACACUCAGGGAGUGGCUGUAGGCUCAGAGAGCCGACGUCGUAACACACCAACACGCACACACACACACACACACACCCCUCAGGUGACGAGGCCGAGCACUUGUGAGUGAUGUUACAGCGAUCACAGCCUGACUCCUGUGUGUGCAGAGAUGUGUCAGAGAUGAACAAAUCACUUUUUUCUUACUUAGUAUACAGCUGUUUUUAUCGUAUCUUUUUUUUUUGAGUUGUUCUCAUUUUCCAUGGUAAUUCAGAGGUACCAUUUAGCUGUAGCAUUCAGAUUUCUAGAUUUGGUCAGACCAAAUGCAAAGAAAGUUCAAAUGGUAGAAAAGAGCAAAAAAUUAUAGCCAGAUAUGAAACUUUUCUUUCUUUGGCAGAUAUAUAAAAAGCCUUAAAAAUCUCUUACCAAUAUAGUCACUUUAAUAGGAAAAUUUUUUGCAGUUAAUCAGCCAAUCAUGUGGCAGUAGUAUAAUGCGAAACAUCCUCCAGAUUCAGGUCAAAAGAGCCAUCAGAAUGAGGAUAAAUUGACCUCUGUGACUUUAACAGUGGCAUGGAUUUUGGUACCAGAACAGCUGGUUUGAAUAUUUCAGUAAGUGAGAGAACACUUGACUGACAGGAGGGGAACAUGAUGCAGUCUUCUGCAUUUGUAGCCCACCCACCUCAAGAUUUGAUGGUUUGUGCAUGCAGAGAGAACAUUACCUGAAGCUCUUGACUUGAAUCUGCAUGACUUUAUACAUGACUUUGUGCUGCUGCCACAUGAUUGGAUAAAACGUUCCUAAUAAAGUGGACAGUGAGUGUAUGUCACAGAUUCUUUUUACGUUUUCCUUAAAUAUUAAUUUUGUUUGCUAGGGAUUCUUGGCACCUCUGGAAAACAAAGGUUAAGGAAAGUUUAUGAUAAUCAGACUGUAAAUAACAGCACAUUGAUUUCUUUUCUGUUGUUUAUGGCCUUCCUGUUAAGUGUGUAAUGUUUCAGACACGUGUUCCUCUGUCAUGUAUUUGUUGAUGCUUCAGGUCAUGUGGGGAAACUCUGGUGACUUUUUUUUUUUUAAUUUGGCCUGUCUCUGCACGCAUGCGGCUGUGGCCUGUGACUGUUUGCACUAUUGGGAAUUCCAGCUUGCUCAGGGUUACUUCAGGUCAUGAACGAUGGCGCAUGAUGGCUACAGACCAAUCCACUCAGUAGUGGGGUUUCAACAUGCCUUUUGCAUACGUUUGCCAAAAAAACAGUCGUUUAAGGAGAAUAUGACUUCCAACUCUGAGAUCAUGCAAAAGGGGAAGCAUCUCACUAGAACUCAAAGGAAUUUGGUACAGAGAUGGUUUAUCUGUCUUUAUUUGUGCAGACAAUCAGUCUUGAAGGUAUUUGCAGAAUUAUUAUUAUUUUUUUUUUUUAAAGUUGAAUGGAAUUUGCAGUGCUUGUAGCUGGCACUGUGUAAAUACUCUCUUGCCUUAGCAGCUUUCCUCAUAAGCCUUAUUCUUUCUUUGUGGAGUUUGAAAGUAUUGAUUUUAUUGUCCUUUUUUUUUAUUUCUUUUUUUGUUUGUUUGUUUUUAGAUUUUAUGCAGUCUUGCACAUGAAGUCAGAGGCUGUUAUUUGACACGACAGAUUAAGUGUGGAUCGAGUUUCUUAUUAUAUAUUUAAGUUUUGCUAUGCACAUAUGGAAUGAAGCUUGUAUUUAAAAAGAAAUUAAUCAUAAUAUUUUCCCACAUCAGGAGUAAAGACGUCAUCAUUGCAUCAUUUGUUUUAGCUGCAAAUUCAUUGUACAUGCCCUAAAACUUGUAAAACUCAGUUUUGGGAAUAUUUGGUGUCAUUUGCAUCACCAACGCAAUUUAGACUAAAUACUGUAUGCAAGAAGCGAUCAGAUACGCUGUCGUCACCUUGCGUUGGCAGAAUCUUUACAUGCUAUUUGCAUAUGCUUUAUUUUUAGGGUCUUGCACUCAUUUAUCCUGUAACACGUACAAAAAGCUUCUGCAGACUGGUGAAAUCUCAGCUGGAACAAAGACCCACAGAUUCACCAGCCCUUUAAGAGAUAUCUGCAUAGGUCAAGGUUCUUAAAAAGGUUGACAAUGAAAUUCUGUCCCUUCUCCUUAGCAAACCAGAUCAAACGUCCCAGCAUUUAUUUCUAUCCCUGACAAAAGAGACCAGCAGUUGAAGCUGCUAUUCGCUCUCCAGAUACAGUAUAACUCUCUGACUCUUUCAUUUUCAUCAUGAUGAUGUAAAACAAUUUGGGACACAUCACCGGAUAUUCGAUUUUUAGCCCCAAAAGUACAAAUGUUUAAAAUGUUAACAGGAUUUAAAAUUUGAACAGUGUUCAUUGCAUCUAUUACUGUUACUCAAGACCUGAAAUCAUAGCUGCAUAGUUAAUAUGCAGAGGUCAUAUAAAAUAGUUUUAUAUUAUAUAAUGAAAUGAUAUAUUAUUAGUUUUUUAUUGGCCAUCUGUUUGGGGACAUCUAGUUUUAAUUUAAUAUUAAUUCAUUAUCUUCGGGUAUCUAAUGCAAGAAGUAAUUAUAAUAACUAUUAUUAUUAUUAUUGUUAAUCUAGAACUUUUUUUUGAGUGCCCCAGAUUUUGGUUUUAGACAUGAAUUUUAGUUCCUCACUAUUUAAUAUUAAAAUAAUAGUAAAUAAAAAAUAAUACAUUCUUAACGAGAUUGGGCAGUUUACACAAAUCGGUACAGUUAUAUAUGAUCAGCCUCAUGUUCCUAUGUGAGGUCUAAUUUUUGCUGUAUUCUAGUUCUCUUUCCACUUUUGAGAGGCUUCUCCCUGAAUGUAUUAGCACUGUGACUUUGCAGUGCUGGGCUUUGAAUACUUAUCUGGUGCAUUUUCUAGGUAGUUAUAUUCUACGCAGUUUUCCGAUAUGGAAUACUGUUAGUUACACAGGAUUUUAAUCAUUAGGAGUAUUUUUGUUCUAUGAAUGUUUGUUUUUACUGUUUUUGAUUUCAGCAGACAUGAAAGCUUGAGCUCAAGAGCACUGAGGUAGAGGCCAGUUUUUUCAUGACUGCAACUUCAAGAUGUAUUUCAUUCAGAAAUAUAGUGAUGAAGUUUAGAUAUUUUGGACACUUAUGCUGACCUCAUAUGGCUAUUAGCCUGUAGUAGUGCUGCAUCCAUUAAAAACUGAAUUCAAAUAAAAAAGGUGGCACAAGUUACUGUGAUGUAAAUAAUCACUUUUGUUUAGCCGUAAACAAGGGACUGUGGUGAACAAUGAUAGGAAAAAAAUCCACACUCCUUCUACACUGUUAAAAUGGCAGUUUGUUUUUGUGAUGAAAGAUAAAUCUAGUCAGAAUUUUUGCCAUCAAUGUGAAAUAUUCAGUGAAAUCAGAAAUAUUUUAGAGAAAAACUGACGAAUAACUAUCAAAUAUAUCAGAUAAAAUGGAUAGCUAGAAAUAUCAGUCGAUUUUAGUGCAAAACCUUCAGAUGUCUGCUUAUAACCUAAAGAGGUACAGUAAUAGAAUUGUUCCCCUUUUUUAAUUAUAAUUAAUCUCUAAAUUUAAUUUCCUUCUUUCUUUAGAUUUAAUUACAUUGAAGGUGAGCAAAAUUCUGGCUUUUUGGAUUUAUGCUGGAUUUUCUUUUUCUUUUCAAAAGCUGCCAUUUUAAGAGACGUGUUGAUGUUUUAUAUUCAUUGUAUAUAACUGAUCAAAAUAGUCACUGUUACAGAUUGAAUUAUACAUUUACUCACUCAUAUUUUCUGGUUUUGUGCUUUUUUUUUUUUUGUCAUUUUGCAUAUGCAUCUGUCAUUGCAGUGUUCUAAUGAACAUGAAUAUUGUUUCUGUCUGUGUCUGUCAUUGCAUACAGUCUUGUCUUCUGUCUGCCUCCUUCCCAUAUACUUUAUGCAAAAUCUUUACACUGGAUUUGCUCGUGUGUGAUUGAGAAGUAUGUACAAUAAACUCUUAGUGUUGACUUUAUUAGGAACACCUCUACACCUGCUUAUUUAUGCAGUUAUCCAGUCAGCCAAGCAUGUGCCUGCAGCACAAGCCAUAAAGUCAUGCAGAUACAGUCAAGAGCUUCUGUAAAUGUUUGCACCCAACAUCUGAAUGGGGAAUUGAGUAUCAAACCAACUGGAAAAUGGUUCGUCACGAAGAUCACAAGUUUUUCCUGUUCUGAUGGUUGGUGUGAACAAUUGAUUUUUUUAUUUUUUUUUUUCAUUUUGUUUUUUUUCUUCUGCUGUUACAUGAUGGUGGAUUGGAUACCUGCACAAAUCAUCUGAUGUAGAGGUGUUCCUGUUAAUAUGGACACUGUAUAUACACACACACAGAAUAUAAUGUCUUUAUCAAAAGGAAAUAACAAAUAAAAUUCUCUUUUAAAGUA